AUGUUUGACUGUGACAGAGAGUCCUCAGCCCUACAGCAGCAUCCAGUAUUACCAACUGGUCUAACAGAGUCCCUUAAGGUGAACCAUCUGGCAUCAGCUGGUACUAAUGUAUACAAGAUAGUGCUUAGCCAGUUAUCUGUCCAUGCUUGGCGUCAGCAUUUCCUCCAUAUUAUUUGUGAUGGUUUACACAGCCAAGAAAGGAUGAUCCAACAGCAUGUUCUCACACUGUGGCUUCCACCCACUCUCCGUCAAUAUGGCAGUGUAUAUCAAGAGCUGAUAGCCUUGUGCCAGGAUUGCUCUUCAGGCUGGCUUGCACGCAUGGCUGUCUUGAGAGUUGCUCGUAGUCUUGGUGUUUUGGACUUGCGAGAUAAUUCAGAUGUAGAAAUGGAGAGAAAUGAGAGGCAAGAGGGAAGUGGAGGAGGUACUGAAAUGACAACAGAGUCUGUUAUGGGCUGCGUUGAAUCUGCUCUCUGUUGUAUAGAUGAGGUGGUAAGGGGAGAAGCACUUGCUUUCCUGUGCUGUACUCAGAAGGGAUCCCAGCCAGUUUCUUCUAGAGAAAGUGAACUGUUGAGAGAGUUCUUUAAAUGGAAUAUGAAUAUUGAUUCGGCCCCAUUCCGACAAAGUAUCAUCAAAUGCUACAAAGCUCUUGUGGUUAGACUUCGAGACACUUGUCAUGCUGAGCUGAAGAAAUCAGGUUACAAAGCUAGAGACUCAGAAGGUCCAUCAAGAGCCGCACUGCUUGAGAAGUUGCCAGUGCUGAAGGUGAACUGUGAAUUUUUGAUAUGGCUUGUACAUUUCCUCCAUGAUAACCUUACACCUGAAGGAAAUUACCAAAGAAGAAUCCUGUCUCUGCAGUUGUACAGAGAAACCCUUUUAGCAUUUUAUGAGAGAACAAAGUCAGGUAAAUAUUCCAUAAAUGCAAGUUAUGCAACUGCUUGUGGGUUCAUCAAUUCUGUUAGCGCAGAUGGAGUCAUUCAUAAGGUUGUGGAUUUCACUCUACCCUGGACACAAGAAAUAUUACUUACACUAUGUAUGGAUGAAAUGAAUGACAUACGAGAAGAAGCUGAAUGGACUCUAAGAAUUUUGGAGUAUUCAAAAAAUUCUCUGUGUUAUUCGGAUGCCCAUUUGUGGUUGAUGAGGGGACUGUCUAUGUGCGAUUCUCCAAAAGCAAGUUCUGCCGAAAGUGGAGCUACUCUUGUAAAGGUUGUCACGUCGGCUUGUCAUGCAAGUGGUCACAAUAUCACCACUAUGCUAAAGGCUAAGGAUUGUCAAAGCUUACUGGCUUUCCUGUUUUGCCGUGUAGAAGAGCAGUUUGAAGCUGCACAGGAAAACCUUCUACUAGCUUCACAGAGGGGUCCAAUCCAUGGAUCUUUAAUGGCUUUGGGCUAUUGCUUAUGCAGAGAUGUAUUUACUACAACAAUGCUAAAGGACGAGGUGCUGGAAUUCAUGACAAACCUAACAGACUUGUUAAUUAAUCUAACUGAAUACAUGCUCUCCAAACUGGCAUGUGCAUCCCCAAAUGGAUCAGCUUUUGCACCUUCUUUUGCUGAGAUGGGAGAAUCAAUAGAAAUGAUUAUAAAGGAAUGUGAAAGCAAAGGUGUUGAAGGGAACCUGUACAGUGAUGAGCACCUGCAGCACCAAGAAAAUAUGGAUGUAACAGUAGAAGAGGAAGAGGAGGUGGAUAUAGAAGAUAAUGCUAUCUCUGGGAACCAUCAGUUGAUUCUUGCAUGUUGUUGGCAAACCAUGAAGGCCUGUUGUGUUGUAACAAGUAUGAGUGUCACACAUUGGAUAGGACACCUAAAUGAAAGUCUUGUGGAGAAAUUGCUUCAUGGUGUUGUUGUAAGGGUUCUCACAGGUACCAGACACAAGGGGGCCAUGGAGGCUGCCAGAGCUUCUUAUGGUCAGCUCUGUUCUGUUCUCCUCGGCAGCAGCAACAACCUUGGUCAUCUCAUAUACAAGCAGGUGAAUGAAGUCCUUGAUCACAUAGAAUCGGGAGCUCAAACUUCAGUGACUCGUCGUGCGGCAGGAAUUGCAAUGAUGAUGCAGGUUGCCUGUGGGGCAGCACCUCGCACUAAUGUUGAUCUCAUUAAUACGACAGUUUUGAGGCUAAUCAACAUCAGCCAGGCAGAGUAUGAAGAACAAAACACAGUAGAUGCAUCUCCAGUUCUGGCACUUCACAUGCUGCAGUCUCUGGUGUUGCAUGCUCCCUUAGCACACCAUCUGCUUCUCCACCUCCCUGCCAUAACCAGUACCUGUCUGCAGGCCUUCACCAACCACUCAUGGGCACUAAGGAAUGCUGCUCUGCAACUGUAUGGGGCUGUAGUGCCACGAAUGGUUGGCCAGAAGAAGGUUCGAGAUGAUUCAUCUGUACUGAAUAGUCUGACAGCACCAGAGUUCCUAGCCAGACAUCCAUCCCUGGCUCAAUCCCUCCUGAAGAUGCUCAUGGGACCAGGAGUUAUGAAAGAAGAGUCAUACCAAAAUAAGGAGAGUACUUCAGAAUCUGAGAUUACAGAGAAAAGGAGCCCCUGUAAGGAUGCCAAUGACCCUGGGGACAGUAUGUCUAUUAAGGUGUCCUCUAGCUUAGUACCAGUGCUCAGCUUGUUAGCAAGAUUGUCACCAGGUACAGGAUUACAGCAGAAUGCUGAGGUUAAUGACAUACUCCAGCAUUACCGUACUGAGACAACAAGACUUUUAGAAUCACCCAUACACACUGUGCGUAGAUUAGCCUCUCUGGCUGUUGUUGCCCUUACUCCAUCAGAAGAUGUGUUACAACUUGUUCAUAGACAUGUUGAACUUCUGGAAGGACAUGGUAAAAUAACUAAUAAUGAAACUCAUGGAAGUCUUUUGACAUUAAUGAAUAUCUUGACGAGCUACCCAGACAUCCAAAAUAAUACCACAGUAAAAGGAAAGAUAACUACAGUAUUGUUAAGCCUGAUUAACUCAGAAAAUAGAUGUUAUGUUAACACUGUCCUUGCAGUGAGAAUUUGCCAGUUGCUUAAAACAAAUGUUAAUUUUGAGAAAUCUGUGGCACUUCACGACACUCAUCCAGGAGCAGCAGAGUACUUUCAGCUCCUGAGCAAAAUGAAAAUGAAAGAAGUAACUGGUAAUGAAAUGAGAAAAUGUUUAAUAUCUUGGAUAUCAGAUCAUGAUAUGGAAGAAAUCUGUUAUGAUUAUGUACAGGAACACAUAGGACAAUAUAAGAAUAGCCCAUGGUUGAAAGAUAUUGAAAAGCUCCUGUGGGAAAAGCUGGAGCAUCAUACCACAGUACAGUGGGGUCCAGUUUUAAACACUCUUCAUACAAUCAUCAAAGAACAAGGAUUUGUAACCCACACACCAUCUAAAGAUAGCUUAAAGAGUAUUUUGCACUUGCUCAAGGGAUACCAUGGUGUUAAAGUAGCAGCUCAAACACUCAGGGUUGUGUCAUAUCUUUUUAAAUGUAUAAGCUGCAAUCAGUGGCCAAACACAGAGAUCAGAACAGAGAUAUUAAGUGCUUUCUCAUCAUUAGUCAGUAAAUAUGCAGCACCAACCUCUACUGAAGAUUACCGGUUGGCGGCAAGUGAUGCUUUGAGGGUUGCCCUGAGAACAUUGUUAUUUUGUGAGCCUAAGUUGCACCCUCUCUACUGUGGACAACUAGUCUAUGCCUGUGUUGAGCUUCUGCAAGAUGAAGAUUCCACCAUCAGGGAUUCUGCUUGUCACAUAGUGGAGUCUCUGAGGCAUAACAUGAAUCAGAAUCUGGAAAGGGGUUCCACAGAAACAAAUGAUUUACCUCCAGAAACCAUUCAUUUACUUCAUCCAAAUAUCUCUUUAAGGGAAUAUUUUGGGCUCUUAGCCUCAUGGAGUGCCAGUAGGAGGGACUUGGCUUUUCUAAGGAUGUUAUGGAGAAUAGCUAGUAAUCAACAGCUAAGCCCUGCUGAAUCUAUCAAGGAUGAAGAAAGUACUGUAAAACCCAAGUCAUAUCUUUUUCAGUCACAUACCAUGAAUUUAUAUAAAGAGCCAAAAAACGUCAGUAUUAUCACAUCUGAAUUGUUGUUGAAAGCUCUGAAGGACCACAAAGGCUCACUGCAAUAUGAAGAAUGUGUGUGGCUUACAGAGGAGUGUGAGCAGCUUAACAGAUGGGGGCAGAUUCUUCACAAUCAGCUGUCCAGCAAUCCAGCACUAGCUUUACAGAAAGAGUUGCUUGUUGCAGUUAGCACAUACAUACUUGCUUAUGAGACCUUAUUACAGAUAAGUACAAUUUUAAAUGUUCAUAUAGAUCUUGCUUUUCCAAUAUCAUGGAAUUCUAGCAAGUUUUGCACUGUAGAUUUCAAGAAUUGAUAUUGAAAAAUACUGUAAAUUAUUUUGAAGAGUAAAUUAUGAAUUGGGUUGAAACAAAUAUAAUUUUUCAUUACCAAACCUCAUUCCAUUUCCAGUUUGAUCAAGGAUGGAAAAGUCUUUCCAUUCUGGUUUUAUUCUUUCCCUUUUGUGCUUGUAAUUGUAUGAUUCACAGUGUGAAUCACACUAUUUCAUUUUCAUAACUAACAGUAGCAAAUAUGAUGAAUACCUCUUCAGUUCAUGCAACCUAGUGAUAGGUAUUAGUAGCUUUUCUGGUAGCCUCUACACCUAUCCUAAUUAUCUCCAUUAUGCCUUAUAUAGUACAUUAUCUAAUAUCAUAUUAACAAUUUAUAGUUGUCUAACAUCUUGUAUUGUGAUAAUUCCCUAACUCAUUGGCCCCUAGUAUGAUUGGUCUCAUUAUACUAGUACUGUGGCAAAAAGAGUAAAAAUGAGUUAUCAGUUAGGAAAAGUGGACAGAAGAAGGGAUGAAGAAGAGAAGGAAAAGGGAAAGAGAAGAAAAGACCAAGCAAAAUGAGUCGAGGUGAGGCUUGAGGUCC